CGGGCCGGGCUGGCCGUCUGCAGCCGGGCCGCACACGUGCUGAGGAGCCCGGCCCCUCAGGGAAAGAAGGGAUUAUCCUGCAUACAGACCCCCACUGUGUCAACACUCCGUGAGACAAAAGGCAGCAACCUAGUACAAGGGUAUCGUUAUCUUCUCCCAGCGUCGUCCUUUGUUCUCCUUGGGUUUAGCCUGUCACUUCCUAGGGCUUGCCUCUGUCCCUUGUUGGGACAGCAGCAUCUCUCACCCGUGACUCUGAGAAGUGCUGUACUAGCAGCCUUUACCUGAGGACCAUGGAAAAGAGAGUUUCCAUUUGCAGAGAACACAUCUCUGACACGAUAUGUGUCACCUGGAGAGUUGAAAUCCAUCUGCUGAAGGUAGAGGACCAUCCCCCAGCUCCAAGACGCAGCAAAAGAGCUCUCAGGAUGCCAGAGCCAGCGAAGUCGACCUCAGCCCCCAAAAAGGGCUCCAAGAAAGCCGUGACAAAGACCCAGAAGAAGGGUGAUAAAAAGCGUCACAAAAGCAGGAAAGAGAGCUACUCCAUCUAUGUCUACAAGGUGCUGAAGCAGGUCCAUCCUGACACCGGCAUCUCCUCCAAGGCCAUGGGCAUCAUGAACUCCUUCGUCAAUGACAUCUUUGAGCGCAUUGCUGGAGAAGCCUCCCGCCUGGCCCAUUACAACAAGCGUUCUACCAUCACGUCCCGGGAGAUUCAGACAGCUGUGCGCCUGCUGCUCCCAGGAGAGCUGGCCAAGCACGCGGUCUCAGAGGGCACCAAGGCUGUCACCAAGUACACGAGCUCCAAAUAGCCGGACAUCCCCUCUGCAAUGGGACCAUCGCGCACCGGGCCCUCCACGCAAGCACAGGUAGGCAGCCACGGUCUGGAUGAACGGUCACAGCUAUUAUCCACAGCAAUUUGCAGCCUGCAGAUGGGCAUGAGAAGCUGCCCGGAGGAAGAGGAGGCUGUCAGCUGAUUUUCAUAGUCUGUUCAGGAUGUGGAAAGGAUUUGUCCAGGCUGGUAGUGGAGGCCCCUGCUUUCACAUCUCAUUCAAAGAACUGACCAACCAUAGUAUAUCCAGUCUCCUCUGUGCUUGGCAAACAUUCACGUUUGGCACUGGGAGGGGGGACUGGGAGCAGCAACACAGAGACACCAUCACUGAAGUCUUCCUGUUUGACUGCUUUCUCACAGUCAUCUGAUAUGGGUACUGAAGAGUCAGCGCUGCAUCCUCUCUCUCAGAGCCUGAAUCCCUCCUGGUGUGUAGUGGCUCAGCCCACCCUGUGCUGGCAGAAGUGGCAUCAACAGGCACAUAUUGAUUCAACAGCUAUCUGUGCUUGACAGCUUGUUUUAAAGAACAAGCCUGGCAGGCAGGCAGUUGCCCACAUUAAUGCCAAGCACUAAUCCUCCUCCUUGCUCCUGAUGGAUGAGCCAUGGAGCAGGAUGAGGGUGCUGGCACAGGAGCUGCCCACUGCCUCCCACCUUGUGCUGAGGUGGAAGGAUGGACAAGGUGGAAUGUUGGGAAUGGGUAUCUUUCCUGGCUGCUGCUUUGCCUGCCUUAGGACUUGUUUUGGCAUGCAAGACAUUGCUAAUUCUGCUGCUUUUCAGAGACUUUUCCUGCCUUGAUGCUGCCUGGGUGCUCCCUUCCACCGUAAGUGUGGGCAAGCUGGGGUGGUGCCCAUGGAGGUCCCCUCUCCUGUGAGCGAUAGGGUGGUGCAGGACAAACAGCACAGAUGUUUUGGGCAGGGACUGAUGAUUUGGGAAGGCAUCUGGUGUGGGAACAGAGGUAGUUAGUGCAUUUUGAGGGGUGGGAGGAAGCUGGCUCCCCGCUGAGAUCAGCACAGGCAGCUCGCCUGCCACUGCAUUCCCUAAUUCAUUCAGCAGUUAGAAAGCAAAAGGAAAAUUAGGGGUUGGGUGGAUAUAUAGGGAUUCUUGCCUGCAUUCCAGAUAUUUAGAAGAUUAAAUAGUUUUAAACUACUUGAGAUACUCCCCGUAUCUUUUCAAAGUCCACAGUAAGGUGAGCAAUAAUAAAAUCAUGAUAAAGCCAUAGAGGUUAAGGGAGGAAUGUCUUGGUUACAGGUUUAUCCUCCCCAGACUGGUGGAUAGCAGAAGGGCCUGUGUAGAACUGGUGUGAAGUUGAAGCUUCCUACUCAAAACACAAAAUUAGCCAACAUUAAAAAAAAUCAAAGUCUCUAGUAGGCAGUAACACUCAAAAAAUAUUCAUGUCUAAAAUAACAACAGCUUUCUGCAACUUACUCUGUAAAUAAAAGGAGCAGCAAAGAAAUAGGAUCCAGAACUAAGUGCAGAUUCUCCCUAAGCUUCAAGACUUUGUUUUUAAUUAAAAGGUAAACUCAUAUCCCAAAAUAGCAGCCAUGCAAUACAUUUCUAUCUUUCCCCUGUGUUUAUCUCUAUCCUGUUUCUUUAUACUUUGAGAGUGAUUGGGACCUUUGACAAAUAUAUGUUGCUUUUGGAGCUGUAGGACUCUGCAGCUCCAGAAGAUUCGCAUUGCAGUUGUUUUUCUCAGCUGGUCUGAAAAAAGGACUGCAUAGCCCUGUUCAGAAACCUGAGAGCAGCCUGGGGUCUCGUGUGGUCUCUGUGCAAGAGUGAAGGUCAGUUUGUUUAUGGGCUGCUCCUACAUCCUGCUUUGGAUGUGAGCACCCCACACUUGAAAAAGGGAUUUCCUCCCACGUUCUCCUCAGCAAUACCACACAGCUGUGUUUCAUAGCCUAAUGCCAGCAGGAAUCUCUCCUGAUAGCUCUCAGGAAGAGCAAAACCCAGCUCCCUGGGUGCCAGCACCCCUAAGGAGCAGCUCUCAGCAGCAGCACCUGUAUUCGGUAUCAGUAGCAUUGGUAACCUGGACCUCUUGGCCGGGACAUUUGCACAUAACACUUCCUUUUGUUUCCAAUCAAAUAGUCAAAAUCAGAUACCAGAGAUUAACAUGUACCUGCAGAGGGCCUAGAGCCACCAUCCUUUAUGCCUCUGCCACAAGAAAUCAAGGCAGUGGGUGAUGCAUCGGGGGACUGUUGGGAAUGAAGGGCUGGAUGGCAUUGCUGGAGCUUUCUUCUGUCUCUGUGAGCUACAGGUCAGAAUUCAUCCCCUUGGGGAGUCCUCUCGAAAGCAGGAAUUCAGAGUGGAAUGAAGCCACUCCAGUCCAAGUGGUGUGUUUGAGCCAGGACACAUCUCCCAGGAUUACCUGGCACAGCUAAACUCACUGUUUUGCGCAGAGCAGAGUCCCACAGUCUCCACAGGCUGCAAGAAAUCAGGAAAAUAAAAUGAGGAUUGGCCCUCCAGGGUCUCCUGGGGAGCUCAGGGAGCCAGGAACAAGGCUGGGCACUCAGAUGAGAGCCGCUCACUCCAUAGUCAUACUCAAAGUGCUGAUCCCAUGUUCCUCUGCCACUGUUGUCAUUCUCCAUUUUUGGAGAUUGUUUCAGAGAGAGGAGAACUAGCAAUUUAAAGCUACAAAUAUACUUGAAGGCUUAAAGAAGAUUUUUAUAUUGUCUAAAGCCAAGUGACAGACUGAUCAUGUCUGUGCAUUUAUAGUUCAGGGUGUCUUGAUGCAUCAUUUGCUCUUCACCGUCCAUUUGUAUUUUUCUUUUUUUCACUUGCUCUUGACAAUAUGAAGCACAGAAUUGAGGAACUUAUCCAUAUUAAACCUUUUUUAUUUUAUUCCUUUCUUUCAAGCUUUUCAAGCUUCUUAAACCUGUUCUGGUGGCUGCUCUGUUCUGUCACUGUUGCACAAACAUUUGUGCCAGCAAAGGAAAGGCAUGAUCCCGGAAAAUCAAGGCUGGUAUAAACUAGGACUGACACAGAAAGGAUUUGAGAAGUUAAUGUACAGGACACCGUCCACAGCAGUUAAAUAGGAAUUAGUUGGGAUGUGAUGAACUUGGGUUGAGCCUUAAUAUUGGAGGCAAGAGAAGGUGAUCUAAAAUUCCUGGAUUGAUUGUCCACUAAGUAAUCUGAGGUGUGACAUACUUCACAGUUUCCUGGUAAAGAGGUUUGCUGCAGAAGAUGUAUUCUGCACUACAGGAUCUGUGCUUUUAAAGAAUACAUAUUUCCAGCGCUGGAAUUGAUAAAAUGUUUUGAAACAGAAGAUAAUAUACCAAGCCCCACUGUCCCUACCUAAUUCCCGCUACAGUCCCAGAAGCAUUUCUGGUCCAUGCCUAUGUUUUGUGAGGCAAAUUUAAAAAAAUUAAAUCAACCACACAUUGAAAGUUGGAAGAUGAAAAAGGUAAUACAGCCUUGAUAUUAACCUCUUAUUAACCCCAAGGAAAUCACUGCACUGAGUUAUUUGUUUUCAUGUACAAUUUAAAAGGGAAAACAAGCUGCUAUAGGUCUGAUUUUCCACCCUGCUUCCCUAGAAGGGCCUGAAGUUCAUCUGCCUUUCACAGCAGAGUUCAGCCUAUAAAGGAGCUGAGUGACCACCUACAUGGAGGCUCACUCCUGCUCAGGACAGACAGUUUUUAGUCAAGCAUGGGGAAAACGAGCGAAAACAAAUGUGGAGGACAAGUGCCUGUCCUGGGUACAGCUGUGUGUCCCACAAAGGGACACUAAAGAGUCCUGCCCAGUGGAGUUGUGUGCCCUGUCACCCUUCACUCUCGUGACAGGCAGCCAUAUGUCCUGCCCCAAGUCCUGCCACUCCUGGAGUUGUUUGGUGUGGCCUCUGCACAGCCCUGAGCAUUUGCUCUAUCGUAGCAUAUCCUCACGGUUUACAUCCAGAUCAAAUUGUUUACAGGGAAAGGAAGAAUGGGAACCGAAUAAUAAAAAUUACAUACUGACAGAAUUUGGGGUUUCCUGGGACCACCAGCUGGGGAGCAAUCUUUCAUGCUUACUCCAUGCAUGGUAUCUUGUGGGCUUAUGUACAAAGAGUUUUUCUGAUAAUAAGUGUUACUUACAUCUAGUAUGAUCCAUGUUGUAUUACUGCUGGGUUAUGACCUCCAGUGCUAAUUACCUGCUUUCUGUUAAAUGUCUAAAUAAAAUGUAACUUCCAGCCUCUUGGAAGUCAAUGGUA